AACCGGAAGCAGGAAAUGCCAUCAACGUCAGUGCGAAAUUCAAACUUGCUCUACCAAACAUCCCUGCUCCAGGGUUCUUUUGUACGCUCCAACAGCCUAUGGUCCGUGCUUUUUCCCUUCUUUUUCACUAACUCGGCAGUGAGGAUUUUCAUAAUGCCUGUGGAAAGAACGGAGCACCGUGGAGCCGCAGAGCUUCACAGAUAUUAUGAGGUUUAUGAGACUAUCGGUUCAGGUGGCUUUGCCAAAGUCAAGCUGGGUCGACACAUCUCCACGGGAGAAAAGGUUGCCAUUAAGAUCAUGAAUAAAAAAGAUCUAGGGGAUGACUUGCCUCGUGUGAAGGUGGAGAUCGAAGCCAUGAAGAACUUAAGUCAUCAACAUAUAUGCCGACUAUAUCAGGUCAUAGAGACUUCCACGCAGAUUUUCAUGGUGCUUGAGUACUGUCCUGGUGGGGAGCUGUUUGAUUAUAUCAUAGCAAAGGACCGACUGUCGGAGCAGGAAACCAGAGUGUUUUUCAGGCAGAUUGUGUCGGCCAUGGCUUACGUCCACAGCCAAGGAUAUGCUCACAGGGACCUAAAACCGGAAAACCUGUUAAUUGACGAGGACCAUAAUCUGAAGCUGAUAGACUUUGGCUUAUGUGCCAAACCUAAGGGAGGUUUAGGUUAUGAGCUGAAAACGUGCUGCGGCAGCCCCGCUUACGCUGCUCCUGAGCUCAUCCAGGGAAAAGCAUAUAUUGGUUCAGAGGCUGAUGUAUGGAGUAUGGGGGUACUGCUGUUCGCACUGCUCUGUGGAUACCUCCCCUUUGAUGACGACAACUGCAUGGUUCUCUACAGGAAGAUUACAAGAGGAAUAUAUGAGAACCCACGGUGGCUCACCCCUGGCAGCAUCCUCCUCCUCAACCAGAUGAUGCAGGUGGACCCCAAGCGACGUCUGACAGUCCGACAGCUGUUGGACCAUCCCUGGGUGAUGAAGGACUACAACAGCCCUGUAGAUUGGUACAGCCAGCAGCCGCUUGACCACAUGGAUGAAGACUGUAUCACAGAGAUGGCAGUCAACAUGAAACAGUCGAGAGAAGUCACCACAGCGCUUGUGAAAGAGUGGAGGUAUGACGAAACCACCGCCACCUACCUGCUGCUGCUGACAAAGAAGCGGAGGGGGAAACCUGUCCGUCUGCGUCCCGAGCCAGCCUUCUGUGAGGACUCUCCUUUGCAUCAGGGACUCCAGACAAGAGGAGCUCUUCAGUACUAUGAGGAUGACGAUGCCGUGAUUAUUGGAUCUUUGGACCUUUGCUCAGAUUACUUUGAAGACUGCCCGUGGGUCUCGGUUCAACAGCACACACCCCAGGGGGUCAGAGGUCUGCUAGAUGGAAACGCAACCAGAGAAAUGAGGGUGGUGUCACCAUCAGAAAGAAGCGUUGAUACCAGUCCGUUGGCAGAGAGGGGGAGGGUGAUGACGAAACGCCACCAUAAGAAGAGGCAGAAGGAGCCCGAACAAAUGGGCGAGAACAAGGAGAACGUCGCUGAAAAGAAGGUGGUGGAGAGGUUUGCCCUGCCUCCCCCCCGCACCCCCGUGUCCAGUAAAAAGAGCACACGCCCACACAGGAAUGUGUUGACCACGCCCAAUGAAAGCGUCGCCAAACCCGGCGUGGGAACCCCUAGAGCUGGUGACAGUUCACCAAAGGAGAAGAAUAGAAAAAGAGCAGCGGAGAACAAGGAUUCUGCAGGAACGGAGAUGCUGACGUUCAGUCCAGAGAGGAGGUGUCGGUCGCUAGAUAUGGCUGCUGCAGGAGACAGUGGAAAGAAGAAGAAAGGAGGGAAGGUGUUUGGCUCCCUGGAAAGAGGCCUUGAUAAAGUGAUCACCAUGCUCACCCCGAGUAAAAGACGAGCUCUGCGUGACGGCCCGCGAAGGAUUAAGGCUCAGUAUAAUGUGACUCUGACCAGUCAGACCGAUCCAGAUCAGGUCCUAAACCAGAUUCUCUCCAUCCUGCCUGAGAAAAAUGUUGCCGUUACACAAAAAGGGUAUACCUUGAAGUGUCAGACAUGGGGAGACUUUGGUAAGGUGACCAUGGCGUUUGAGCUGGAGGUGUGCUUGCUGCAGAGACCAGAGGUUGUCGGGGUUCGCCGCCAGAGGCUAAAGGGAGAUGCAUGGGUUUACAAACACCUGGUGGAGGACAUCCUUUCUACGUCCAGAAUCUGAGUCCGGCAGGCUCUCAGGAGGAUCCCUGCCUGUUAGUAAACAGAUGCUGCUUUCUAUCCGUAACCGGACUUCACAGAGCCACACUGGAGUUCAGACAGGAGAAGAUGUGCAUUUGGAGAAGUUCUUUAUUCCUCUGGAAUAGUUUAAUAUCUAGAAUAAGAUUUAUGAAGUUUACAUGAUUAUCCCAUUUUGUUUUAUGUAUUUUACUUCUUUUUGCUCUAAUGAUUAAGCUAUAAGUUCUCAUGAGCUAAUUAAACGUGUAUGAAAUGUAACACCACACCUUUCAGUCUCUAACUGUUUUCCUGUCUUGUUAUUCCACCCUAAAGGUGAAGCACUUGACUGAAUAACACAGAGAAAGACUUAUUUACUAUCGCUGUUUAUUUUAACGUGUCUGCAGCUGUUUCAUGUUGUUUUACUGUCAUUUGUCUGAUUUUAUCUGUAUCUUUUAUCUUCGCUGUAGCUUGGUGUCUGAAUUUUUUAUUGACAAAGUAAAAGGAGCAAAAAUAAAUGGUUUCUGUGUUUGA